GAGCCUUUCGCUACCAUAUGGGCUACCGAUGCGAGUAACAACAGCCCCCCGUAUCCGGAAGAUCCGUUCAACAGCACGCUAGCAGCCACUCCGUACUGGACAAACCCUAUGUCACCGGAGGAAACAGCGUCGUACAGUCCGGACGAUUUAAACCCCAACAACGUUACUAUGCCCGAAACGCCCAUACUGUACGGUCCUACCCCAGCCGUUCCUAUACCCGUGAUGUACAAUCCGACAAAUUUCAGUCCCAUAAACGCGGGCGGUUCCCGGGGCCCAGCAUCGAUCGUGCCACUGGGUUUUAAGCUCAGUGAUUCUCAUAUCUUCAACAGCCUUAAACCCGGCUUCAGUUUCGGGCAUUCGGGGUUGUUACCAUUCAACGGUCCUUGGAACGUGCCUGCCAUAUCGACCAUGCGCUCGAUCGUUGUCUCAUGGCGUACCCCGAGCAAAGGUUUCCGCAAACGAACUACGACUGGGACGAAGAGGUUCCGAUCCGUAAACCGUGUAGACGAGUCGAACGACCUGCGCAGCUUGCGCAGAAGGACCAGCAGUACCACCGGAAUGACGCCAACCGUCGUUCGACGUCGUCUUCGACGGCGUCGUCUUCGGACAACUACGACCCGAAGGUGGCGUACGGUCACUCGCUACAGAAACUUGUCUGGGCAGUCUACGACCACCACCAGAACUCGGCGCCGGUUGCCACUGGCGAGACCCUGGCUACGGAAGACCGGAACCCCCGGAUCCCGGAUUGUUCCGAUAGUGUUGGACUACGAUUUCUUCGUCAUCUAAACCGAACGGGCGCCGCGUUGAAUAAAA